AUGCCGCCGAAGAAGCCGGGCGCGGGGCUCGCGAGCGCGAAGAAGCGCCCGCACGAGGCGCCGACCAAGGGCAGGAGGGCGUUCGCGGGGACGAGACAAAAGGUGCCUCGCGCGGGAGGCGCCGCCGCGGAUCGAUUCGCCGCCGCCAAAUCCGCGGGCGGGUCCGUCCGCGGGGACGGACGCGACGGCGACGACGCGGACGGGGACGACAUGAUGGACGGCGCGCUCGACGUGGACGACGACGGCGCGCGCGGGCGCAAGGACGAGGACGACUCCGGGGACGACUCCGACGACGAGGUCAAGGAGACCGCGGACGAGAAGCGACUGCGACUCGCGAAAUCGUACCUCGAGAAGCUGCGCGCGGAGGAGGAAGAAGCCGGAGGAGACGACUCCGAGGACGACGACGACGACGCCGACGCGAGGAACUUGGACUCGCACGAUCGACUCUCGAACCGCCUGAAGAACGAGGCGAUGCAGAGCUACGGGAGGGUCCGUCGCGAGGUGGCGAGAAGACUCGUCCACGACGCGGACGACGACGACGCCGAUGACGACCGUCGCGGCGCGACGUGGCGCGGACACAAGCGCGCCGUCACGGGCGUGGCCUUGACCGAAGACGACGCGACCGCGUUCUCCGUCUCCAAGGACGGCGCGCUCGUGAGGUGGGACGUCGAGACCGGGAACAAGGACGCGUUCCCGCGAGCGCCGCCGGUGACGCUCGGAAUCGACGGCGGCGGCGGCGGCCCUCAGUCCCCCCCCCGCUGCGGCGCGCACACGCUCCUGUGCGUCGCCGCGAGCUCGGAGCGGAACCUCGUGUGCGCCGCGGGGACGGACAAGCGCGUGCACGUGUGGGACACGCGGUCGAUGAAGCACGUGCAGGCGUUCGCGUCGCACCGCGGGUCGGUCACGAGCCUCGCGAUUCGCCAAGGCACGGGGCAGCUCUUCAGCGCGAGCGCGGAUAAGACCCUGAAAGUGUGGUCGUUAGACGACAUGGCGUACGUGGACACGCUGUUCGGGCAUCAGUCCGACGUCGUGGCCGUGCACUCGCAGAGACGCGAACGCGUCGUCACCGUGGGGAGGGACCGGACGUGUCGGUUUUGGAAAGUCGCGGAGGAUUCGCAGCUCAUCUUCCGCCCGUCCCCCGGGGACGGGCACCUGGAGUCGUGCGCGUUCACGUCCCCGGACACGUGGAUCACCGGGUCGGACGACGGCACGGUGUCGCUGUGGAGCACGACGAAGAAGCGCGCGGUGAUGAGCUGGAGGGGCGUGCACGGGUUCGGCGGCGGCGUCGACGGAGAGGGCGAGCACGGCGUCGAGGGUCCGAAAUUUUUCACGGAGGAGGAAACCGCCGCCGCCGCCAAGGCGCGCGCGGACGCGCAGUCCCUGUGCGGCGUCUCGUCGCUCACCGCGAACGCGCCUAGCGGCGUGAGCAACGCGGGAAGGUGGGUGAACGCCGUCGCCGUGGGAAAGGGCACGGACGUCUGCGCGAGCGGCGCGGGAGACGGCGCGAUUCGUCUGUGGCGCGUCUGCGACGAUCCGGGGCGCCAGCUCGUGCCUCUGUGGUGCCUGCCCGCGCGCGGGUUCGUGAACUCGCUCGCGAUCGCGUCGAGCGGGAGGUUCGUGCUCGCGGGGAUGGGGCAGGAGCCGCGGGGGGGGCGGUGGGCCAGGGACGCGGGCGCGAAGAACGGGCUGCUGCUGCAUCGGUUGAAGCUCGAGGACUGA